GAGGAGCGGGCGGCAGUGGACGCAUGCGCAGUGCGUGUGUACGUCUUGUUCCUUCCCAGCAGUCCAGAGGAGCAGAGUCCAGCUCAAAGAGACGUUUCUCCGAACUACUGACGAAACUGUGGACUCACUGCAAAGGGAAGGAGCCCUCAUCAUGGCCACUGCUGCUGCGUCUCCUGCUGCUCCUCCAUCCUCUAAAAACAGCCUGAGAGAGGAUCUGACCUGCGCCAUAUGCUGCGACUUGUUCCGCGACCCCGUCAUGUUGGACUGCAUGCACCACUUCUGCAGACCCUGCAUCUCCAGGUACUGGAGGGGAACCCAGGGGCCCGUGACCUGCCCGCAGUGCCGCAAGGUGUUCACCUGCAGGCAGUUUCAGACCAACUACCUGGUCACUGCAAUGGUGGAGAAGGUCAGGGCCACCACCUCGGACACGUACAUCCAGAACCUGGAGAAACAGCUGAGAGAGACGUUGGAGAGCCACCGCCUGCGGAGGGAGGACUACAUCAACAGCAUUCACAGAGAGAAAGACAAGAUGGAAACAAUAAAGAGAUUUGGAGCAGAUCUGCAGGUCCGUGUCAAAGCGGAAUUCAGAGCUCUCCAUCAGAUACUGGACGAUGAGGAGUCGUGUAUGCUGGAGCAGCUGAGGAGGGAGCAGGAGGAUGAGCUGGAAAAGGUCCAGCGCCACCUGGAGGCUGUCAAACUGGCCGUGAGGGAGCUGGAGGAGAACAUGAGAGUGCUGCAGCAGGCUAGUGCCUCCACUGAAAACAUCGUACUGACCGAGCUCCCACAGCUAAGACCAUAUGCACAGGUGGAUGCUGCCCCAGAGUUCGAUAUAAACACUUUCAGCAACAAAUACAUGGCCCCCUUACAGUACAUCACAUGGAGAAAGAUAUUCAAGUCUUUGAAGCCAGGUCCGUCCCCGCUGACGUUUGAUGUUGACACAGCGCACCCGAGUGUCAGAGUCUCCAGGGAUAAAACCUUGGCGGUCGAAUGCGACGGCAUGACAUGGCACUCGGACAACAGCAAGCGCUUCCUCCAGUGCGUUAACAUUCUGGCUGCCCAGGGCUUCCACACAGGGCGCCACUACUGGGAGGUAGAAGUGGGCUCCAAACCCAAAUGGGACCUGGGCGUGGCCUCGGAGGCCGUGGACAGACACUCGCGGAUCAAGCUGGGUCCAGAAAGCGGCUACUGGACUCUGCGGCUGCGUAACAGGAACCAGUACUCCGCCGGCACCCAGCCCUGGACCAGGCUGCAGCUCGGGUCCUCCCCUCAGAGGCUCGGCGUUUUCUUGGACUGCGAGGAGAGGAGAGUGUCCUUCUACAAUGCAGACGAUAUGAGCCUGCUCUACUCGUUCGCCAAUGGGCCGAGGGGCAAGGUGUUCCCCUUCUUCAGCCCGUGCAUCAGUGGCAACAGUCUGGAACCUCAGCCUAUCAAACUCCUCCACUACCCGCCUGUUGCGCUGUCUGGCUAACAUGGCCGCAAUCAUUUUUUAAAAGCUUUUUAGUUGGUAAGAGCUGUCAAUUCACUUAUUGACCAAAGCCUGUUCUCACUCACAGCAAUUUGAGGACAUUAUUGCCAUAGUUUGCAUUACGGUGCCAUAUCACAAGAAGGUUCUAGUUGCUGUUAUGACUUGCUAUGAAAAUCUCCACUUAAAAAAAAUUCCAUUCUACUGUAGUCAUUCUGAAGAGGCUCACCCAGGCUGUUGGCGCGAUCAGCACAAAUGCAUAAAAGCACACCAUCAUUUCGGGUUGAACGUAGUGAAGCCGAGAUGCAUCUAAUCUCAGGCUCCACACUGUUCAACCAAUGAUACGCUCUACAUGCAUAGAUGAUCUAUCUAAUGAUUAUCUCUGUCUGUCGACUCACUUCUAAACUGUUGUUUUUUUUAAUCUACCUUGAGUUAAAUCAUCAUGACGGAAUCAUAUUGAAUUUUACUUUGAGAUUCUGUUUAAUAACAUAGAUUUACCUGAUUUAUACAUUAGUCUGAAAUGAAACGUUGGUAUGUUUUUAUUUGAGAUGUUUCUUGAUGUUAAAUUAUAGCACUUUAUGAGUUCUUAUGCUGAUUUAGCUUCUGUUGAUUUGUCAUUGCACGUUCAUUUAUACACUUUACAUGUGCCUAGAACACGUGGUAUCAUGCACUUGAUUGUUUAUUAGUGGUGGCUGAGAGAACGACUGGGAUUCAGUCCAUGCAGUACAUUUUGCAUUGUUGACAUGUCGGUUAGAUGCUUCAUCCUGUACAAGAUCAAACACACAAAACGGUUAUUGUAAAAAAAAAAUGUGCUGAUACAAAUAAUAAACCAGAUCACUUCUUUCUUAAAUAAA